ACCGCACGGCAGUGCUCCACACUCCACGACACAGAGCAGGCUGAGCCAGCCUACAUACACUCCCCCUGCCUCCUUCGUUUUCAUCGUCAAGCUCUCGCCUUUACACCGCUCUCGAUCUUGUUCCGACCCCUCCGUCGCAAUCGGGGCUCACCCAUUUCGCGACUCCGAUGGCUAGCGGCGGCGGCGGCGGCGGCGGCGACGACGACCGGCAGCAGGUGGUGCUGAUCACCGGGUGCUCGCAGGGCGGCAUCGGCCACGCCAUGGCCCUGGCGUUCGCCGCCCGGGGCUGCCGCGUCGUCGCCACCGGCCGGUCCCUCUCCUCCAUGGCCGACCUCGACGGGGACUCGAGGUUCCAUCUCCAGGAGCUGGACGUGCUCUCCGAGGGGAGCGUGAAGCAGGUGGUCGGGGACGUGAUGGACAGGUUCGGAAGGAUCGAUGUACUGGUCAACAAUGCCGGAGUCCAGUGCGUGGGCCCUCUGGCGGAGAUCCCGAUUGCUACCCUCCAGAAGACGUACGAUACCAACGUCUAUGGAUCAUUGAGAAUGAUUCAAGCUGCUGUCCCUCACAUGGCAACUAGGAAGAAGGGAAAAGUUGCUAACAUGGGGAGUGUUGCUGCUUUGACAAAUGGACCAUGGGCAGGUUCUUAUAUUUCAUCAAAAGCUGCCCUCCAUUCAAUGACUGAUACUCUCAGGUUGGAGCUAAAACCGCUUGGAAUCGAUGUCAUUAACAUUGUCCCUGGUGCUAUCAAAUCGAACAUUGGAAAUUCUGCAGUUGCAAGCUACAACAAGAUGCCCGAGUGGAAGCUGUAUAAACCGUUUGAGGCAGUGAUACGUGACAGGGCUCACUUCUCUCAGGGAAUCAAAGCGACCCCUGCCGAAGAGUUUGCCACGGAGGCUGUGUCUGCAAUAUUAAGAAAGAAUCCACCUGCUUGGUUCUCCUACGGCCAGUAUUCGACCGUGAGCAGUAUUAUAUACCAUCUGCCAAUCUGCGUUCGGGAUUUCAUAAUGAGGAAGGCAAUGAAAUGUUAGGUAUGACCCAGCGUCAGCAGGUCUCCCUUUAUAUACUUUUGGCUUGUUCCCGCAAUUUACAGAACAUAAAAUUGUUCUCCCCAGAAAUAAGGACAAGGAAAAUGGAGAAGAAAAGGUUGUUGUGAAGAAUUGUGGGGAAACUGUUGACUUUCGUGACUCGUAAUUUAAUAGGUGGAUAAUGUGGACUGGAAGUCCUAAACCUUAUGCACAAAAUGCAAUCAAAAACUAAAUAUUCCAAUUGGUAUAA